AUGGCUGAGGUGGCGAUAGAGAACCGGGUCUAUCGGUAUGAGGCGAAGCCGCAGCCGACUGCGAAUGAGCCCGGAAAGAUCGUGGAGGCAUUUGGGUUGGGAAAAUGCCCUAAGCUUGCAGAGCAGGUGCGGAGCGACAGCCUCUUGGUUCGGGUCAACACGCUCAGGGUGCUGUGCGAAGAGUUCAAGAACCCCACAAUCAUUGCUGGAAGUGUCAAGGCUGGUCUUAUGAACACCUUGCCGAAGAUGGCCCUCGACUCGGACCUGAACACGAGAAAGUUCUCUUCGAAGGCGAUGGUUGCUGCGGCGAGGGACUACAACGGUCGCACCGCCUUGCUCAAGGCAAGGACAGCGACACUCGCCGAGUCAACGGCUACCAUUGGCGCGAGAGCACCGGAGACGAUGUUCAAGGCGCUGGACGACAGCAGCGUGGAUGUCAGGCGAAACAUAUACGAGGCCCUUGCCAACGCCUCUACCACCGGGACUCGUGCGUUGGUAGACGCUGGCUACCCCGCGAGGCUGGUUGACAAGGCGGUGAACGAGACCGAGGAGUUACAACCGCUAGCGUUGAGGGUGCUGUGCAACGUGACCAAGCACAGGGGAGGCCUGGAGGCGGCGCUCGCGGCGUCACUUGUGGAGAACCUGAUAGGCUUGUUGACGGAGGGGAGGCCGGCGGAGGUGCAGAGGGAGGCGUCGGUGACUCUGGCGAUCGCCUGCUUCGACGACAUGGCGAAGAUCAUCGCCAUUCAGAACAACGGGGUCUCUAUGCUGGCCGAGUUGGUUGCUAAGGCGGAGACAGACGUCAGGUCGGCGGCCACGGGCGCGUUGAUGAUGAUCACCACAGUGGAUGCGGGCGAGUAA